CUAUCGACGAAGGAAAAUUAGGAAAUUCCGAAUUUAUCCUCCAGAAGAAUGGCUAAUUACUCCAAGUCUCAUAUUUGCCAGUGCUUGAGCUGGCUGUCGACGGCUCGCCGGAGCUCAACGUUGAUGAUAAUCGGAGAGAGGAGGAAGACCGGCAUGAAAUUUGUCGGGGGAGAUUUGGGCCUGGCCCAUGGGCUAAUUCAGUUGGGCCUUUCGCCCGGUGAUGUCGUCGCCAUUUCUGCUCUUAACAGUGAAAGAAUUAUGAUGAUGAUGCAAGAUGUUUGGAAUCAGUUAGGUCCAGCCAUUGCAACAAUCAUGUUUGCCUGGACCAUGUACCAGAACUAUUUCCCUCAUGAACUUCGUGGCCAUCUUCGAAGGUAUACCGAUAAACUUGUGAGCUAUAUCUAUCCUUAUAUACAUAUUACAUUUCAUGAAUAUGAAACUGAUGGUUGGUUUGAGCGUAGUAAAGCUUACGUAGCUAUCGAAAGGUAUUUAAGUAAGAACUCCAGUAUACAAGCUAAGCGUCUAAAAGCCAGUGUAGUGAAAGAUGGUCAAUCUCUUGUGCUAUCGAUGGAUGAUCAUGAGGAGGUAACAGAUGAUUAUGAAGGGGCGAAGGUUUGGUGGAUAUCUAGCCUAAAAGAAGCUAAUAGACCGACAAUUGCUUUGUACGCGAAGGAGGAUGAGAAUAGGUAUUUCAAGCUUAAGUUUCAUAGGAAAAAUCGUGAUCUCAUAACCAUUUCAUACUUAAAAUAUGUGUUGGAUGAAGGGAAGGCGAUUUCUGUUAGAGAAAGGCAGAGGAAAUUGUACACGAAUAAUAAGGGAUCGGAUGGUGGAUUUGGUGGUUAUAACAGGAGAAUGUGGAGUCAAGUAGUGUUUGAACAUCCGUCAACAUUUGAUACUUUAGCUAUGGAGCCAAACAAGAAACAAGAGAUUAAGGAUGAUCUCGAAACAUUUUCUAAGUCAAAAGACUACUAUGCUAAGAUUGGUAAGGCGUGGAAGCGUGGUUAUCUUCUUUAUGGUCCUCCAGGAACAGGUAAGUCUAGCAUGAUUGCUGCUAUGGCUAACUUUUUGCAAUAUGAUGUCUAUGAUCUUGAAUUGACAGCCGUUAAGGACAACACGGAGCUGAGAAAGUUAUUGAUAGAUACUACUAGUAAGUCUAUCAUUGUGAUUGAAGACAUUGACUGCUCCCUCGAUCUUACUGGCCAAAGGAAGCCGAAGAAGGAGAAGGAGAAGGACGAGAAAGUUGAGAAAGACCCCAUCAAGGAGGAGUUGAAAAAAGCAGGAGAGGAGAAAAAGCAAAGUGAGGUAACUUUAUCUGGGCUUUUGAACUUUAUUGAUGGUUUGUGGUCAGCUAUUGGUGGCGAAAGGCUUAUUGUUUUCACAACCAAUUUUGUCGAAAAGCUUGAUCCUGCUUUAAUUCGAAGGGGGAGAAUGGACAAACACAUUGAGCUAUCAUACUGUUGUUUUGAGUCCUUCAAGGUGCUUGCAAAUAAUUAUCUAGACGUUACGUCUCAUGAUGAUUACUUUCCUGAGAUUCGUCGUUUAUUAGGGGAAACUAAUAUAACUCCUGCUGACGUUGCUGAGAGUUUGAUGCCCAAGUCUUCUAAGGAAAAUGCAAGCACUUGCUUGGAGAGGUUAAUUAAAGCUAUUGAAACUGCAAAAGUGGAAGCAAAAUUGAAGGCUGAGGAAGAAAAGGCCAAGGCCGAGAAGGAGAAGGAGAAGGAAGAGAACGAGAACGAAAAGAAAAAGAAAGAUGCUGCUGCUGCUGAAGAAGCGAAAAGUGCUGAUGAUGUGAACGAAAAUGGGGCGUCGAUGGAGACUACUAGUGUCAAGGAAAAACCAGAGAGUGAUGGUGCUAAGGAAAAUGGCAAGUCUGAGAUAGUAAAGGACUAAUGGUGAUGUUAGUACAGGGUUAGUAAAGUUUGAUCAUGGAAAUAUUUGAUUAAUUAGGUGUUGCCCAUAGAACCAGGAUUCAGUUAUUUUGAAUAAUUUUGUUGUUGAGCAUUGUUGAAUUUGUUAUUCAAGAGAUAGUAUGAUGAUGUAAGA